CAGCCGCAUCGCGGCGAGCGCGUUUCGCGCCGCACUCUCAACAAAACCUACAAAAUAGAACACAAUCAGAAGAAUCAAUUAAUUAUACACAAAAUAAAGACUGCUGCAACGGCGACAAUAAAUUUUAGUAUUAAGUAAAAAAUAAUAAUUCUUCUACAAAUGAUAUCAAUGAGAUAACUGCACCUAUUUUAUCUCAGUGAAAGUUUACAAUGAUUUGUAGACAAAUAUGUGAUGUAAUAAGAUAUAAGAAGUUAUUGGUGAACCCUGGUGAAGUGAAAGUGUUUUGUUAGUGAUCAUAACAGCGUGGCUGUAUGCGAACGUGUUCAAACGCGCGUGAUUUAAAAAAAUAUACAUCAUACGAUGCGCGCGUAAUUUAAAAAAAGAAGCACACGAGUUAAACCAAAGGAAGAAAACGCGGUCGUGUCGAGUUUUCGUUGGGGUUGAAGGCUGUAUAUCAUUAUAUUGUGUGAGGCUAUCCGCCCCCGGGUUUGGGCCAAUGACGCCACGGGCGACGCCCCCGCGCGGCAAGCCGCCGCACUUCUGUCUGGGAGUUUUGCUCCUGAUACUGAAUGCCGGACUAACAACAUGCCGUCGGCCAGAGCCAUAUUAUGGCCGUUUAAUAGGACGGCUUACUAUGUAUGCUCACGGCAUCCGCGGCACAGUAUAUGCGGUAGACGAGAGCACAGUAUUCGUGCGCGGUUUUGCUUACGAUGGCACAGGCCCAGACGCUUAUUUCUGGGUAGGAGACACGCCACAGCCCUCACCUGAAGGUACUUUAGUGCCAUACCCGGAAGAUUAUAAUUCUCGGGAUCCACCAAUUUUGAAAGCGCACACCAACUCAGACAUUUUACUGCGGUUGCCGGCCGGCAAACGGCUCAGGGAUAUCAAGUGGAUCAGUGUCUGGUGCAGAAGGUUUACUGUCAAUUUCGGUGAUGUCUUCAUACCGGUUGGAUUAGAUCCGCCCAGACCUCGUGUUUUGCCAGAAUUCAAAAGACUCGCGCACGGCCUGCGUUCUGGAAACAUUAGCGUUCUUGACGCGAAGACGUUUUACAUACCAAAUCUUCAUUACGAUGGAGCGGGACCAGAUGCCUACUUCUGGGUUGGCAACGGUUCUGAACCUAGCCCUUAUGGAACAAAAGUACCCAACGAAAUGGGUUCCCUACACCCGCUGCGAGGCUACCAAGGUGAGGACAUAGAGAUCCAACUACCCGGCAAGUUGACAGCUUAUGACAUCGAUUGGCUAGCGGUCUGGUGUGUGGAAUACAGACACAACUUCGGACACGUAUAUAUACCUAAAGACCUGGAUGUACCACCUGCUUUAGGACAGACCAAAAUAACCACAAGCUCAACCACAUCUCAGACGCCUUAUAGUGCUGCUAAUAACUGUAAAGAAAUAUUAGACAAAAGAUUACAGGUCCGGUGGGAAAUACAGGGGGAUCAAGUUCAAAUAACUUUAGCAGCCCGUCUGCGCAAAGACCAAUACAUGGCGUUCGGCAUAUCGGGCGCCGAGGGUCGGCCAGUUAUGUUGGGAGCUGACGUCGUUGUUGCAUAUUGGGAUACCAGGUUUAACCAGCCAGAAGCGACAGACUACUCAAUUUCGCACCUGGCGCAGUGUGACGGCACGCGUGGCGUGUGCCCCGACAGCCGGGUUGGUGGCUCCGACGAUGUUACACUAGUAAGCGGUAACCAGAAUGGUGGUGUAACAACAAUAACGUAUCGUCGACCACUCGCCGCCAAGGAAUCUUCAAGAGACAAGGAGAUCUUCACUUCAAGGUCCCAAUCUGUUAUAGCAGCAUUCGGUCCACUAAAUUCCAGAUACGAAGCGAACGCUCAUUCCUUUAUGGAUACCACUAGGACCGAUGUACAGCUGGAUUUCGGUACUCAAAACGACAACACAUGUAUCGGUCUAGCAGAGCUGGAUGCUGGUGGUCCAGAACCCUGGCCAACGAGGAUUAUCUCCGGCGCUGUAAACCUCACCGCCCGUAUCGGACCGGCUGGCGGCCUCCGCGGGUACACGCCGCUCACUGACAAUGACAUUACAAAGGGAUUCAUGCCAUAUGGCCAUCCAUCAUGGGGUAUAGCGUGGUACAUCAACGAUCAACUGAUACCUGAGGUGUAUGUCGAACGAGGCAAGACUUACACCUUCUACGUAGAAGGUGGAGACGAUAGGACGAACCCAGCAAAGUACCACCCAUUUUACAUCAGUGACUCCUCCGAAGGUGGAUUUGGACAGAAGAAAGAAGAGGACCAAAGGAAGCAGCGAGUGUUCGCUGGUGUCGCCUACGAUAACGAAGGCUACCCGUAUCCCACUGCUGUGGGCCGUUACUGCGAGUGGACCCACAAGACCACCGACCAGGCAGCUGUUUCCGAGACUUUUGAAGACUACAUGAAAACUUUACAAUUGGAAUGUAACAGCGGUGAACCGGCCGUAUUGAACUGGACUGUCGCGCAUGAGACACCAGACCUCGUGUAUUAUCAGUGUUAUACCCACAACAAUUUAGGAUGGAAGAUCCACGUAGUAGACCCUGGUACCCCAGUGCCGACACCCGGCAGUCGUUCCCUCAACUCAGCCUCCAGUCUACAACUGUUUACACCUUUAGGUAUGAUGGCAUUUCUAGCCGUUAGGUAAGGCAUCGAGCUAAUGAAAUAGUAAGUCGACGUGUUAAAGAAACCAAUUUCUGCUCAAUACUUAAGUCCAAUGUGUAUUGAAUAUGUCAUACCUAAGUUGCUAUUUCCGGCAAGCUAGUAGUAUAGCUAGGAGUUUAAUAGAAGGAGAGGUAUAGUAGUAAAUCUGAAAAAAGUAAAAACGAUAUGAUGUUUGAAGCAAUUUUACACAAAAUCAUUUACUUAAUCUUCGAUUCAAAACUAACUUAUGGUAACUGCAUUUAGUGAUGGGUAAAUCUACAAACUACAGUAUUUAAUCGAAGUUGAGUAAAGCAGAAAUAAGUCAUUAAUCAAUUAACAAUGAAAGAAUCCUAAGUAAUUUAUUAUUAUUAUAUAAAUGCUGCUGCCCAUCCCUCGACCAUUGAGUUCCCUUAAUCGAAUAAACAACACCCACAGGAAAAAAAGGAAUGGUCCUUCUAUAUCAGGACUACACAGCAAAUAAGUAAAUACGUACAAGCAAUAAGUAAAUAAUCAAUAUAAAAUGAAUGAAUAAUGAGUGUUAACUAAUGUCUUUUCAUUAUAUACUUAAGCUCGCUAAAUACCGUAGUCUUUACCCAUCACUACUCCUCUGCCGAUACCUAGCUACAUGGGCUCUUGCCGGUAAAUAAACUUAAGCUUCGACUAAUAAUGUACAGAUAUUUUCUAUAAAUGUUCACCACUGUCUGUGUAUGAAAUUCAAUGCUCAAAUUGUAUGUCGCAAACAACUAUACAGGAUGAAAUCAAAAUCAUUAUAAAUAUUUUUAUGAAUGUUUUAAAAUAUCUUAUAAAUAAAACUGAAUAUUUUCCCAAAGGAACAUGGAUCAAAAACCAAUAAAAAAAAAAAUCUCCCUUAUCAAUAAGACGAAACCAGCUAUUAAGUUAGUAUGGGACACAAUAAUUUUUUUUAUUGUUUUUUAGUUCUUGUUCCUUUAUGAAACAUGUUCAACUGUAUUUUGGCAAUCCUAAGAUCUCAGCUUAAAUUAAAAAAAAAAAAAAAAAACUAUCUGAAUCGAUUUACGACUGACGGAGUAAUUAGAUAAUAAAUAUAAAACAAAUGCAACCGAAUUGAGAACCUCUUUCUUUUCAAAGUCGGCUGAAAUUGAUUGUCACUAAUUUCGUACUUUGGAGGUUAUAUAAGCCGUCGUCCUUAAGUCUUGAUACCAGGGCGACAUUUUCUUACUAAUCUUUCUUAGAAUGAUUUAUAUUUCAUCCGAUAGUUUGCUGUCAUACUACUAGGUUUUGUUCUGUGCUAUCUUUGUCUGAAUCUUUAGCCUUGUUGACUUGCCUAUCAGAUUACGAUAAUAGUAAUUUUGAGAUAAUUAAUAAUAAGUUUUUACUCAUGUUUGCUAUUAACUUCCAAGUGCGAAUACUUUUUUAUGUAAGUAAAUAUUUAAGAAUAAUUUAUUAAUAACAAAUAAGUAAUAAAAGUUUCUUAAAUUGUAAAAAUAUGACAAUAAAAAAACACGUCGAUUUACAAAAAAUGUUUGUGAUAAAUUGUUGGUAUGUAGAUAAUAUAAGGGCAAUCGCACAUUACAAUUUUCUACAUUUGGCCAUAUUUAAAUGACAAUAAGUUUAUUUAUAAUUAAAAUAUUAUUAUCUAAGUAUAAUAAUGUAGGUAGAUAUAGGUAAUGAAAAGGAUUUAACAAUCCGAAAUUCAGGGAUUAGUACUCAAUGAACUGAAAGACUCUCAAGGAACGACUUCCAGACAAACGCAUACGUAUUUGUCGAUUGACACGUUUUCACAAACGACCGAGACAAGGUCAUAUACUGUCUUAUUCUCUCUCACACUCAUGGUAAUGAAAACAUAACUAUCGAUAUAUUAUUUUGCCACUUGUUUGGCUAAAUCGAAACAUAUAGAACAUACUUUAAAAAUUAUUUUAUCAAAAUGUUACGGAUAAUUACCACUAUGAUUUUAUUUCAUACUUAGACUCGUAACCUUCCUUGGGAAACUUGUUCAGUUUCUACUCUGGAUUUCGGUUUUUAUGCCCUUUUCACCUAUUCUGUUUCCUUAUCAGGCCAAGUGUAAUGGAUUGUAACAGGAGUUUUUUACUCGAAGCUGUAAUGUACAGGUAAAAUGGGGUAAAAUGUCAAUCACUGUAUCAAUUUCAUAUUAUCAGAUGAGCGUAUCUAGAGACAAUGGGCAUACAAUAUACCUACUUAUUAUAUCAAGUUGCGAAACAUAGAGAUAGGUAUAUAUCCUCUUUUUUAGUAAAACUGGUGGUAUGCUUUGACGAAAAUAAAAUUGUUAGGAAUAUCUAAAAAAUUAAACUAGACGUAAUCAUAUCUGUUACCACUUUGAAAGACUAAUAAAAUACAAUUAAAAAUAAUAAUGUUAUCAGACAAUAAGCAUAUCAUUAACAUUUUAUUUUAUUUUAAUAUGACAAUCGUAGGAACAUCACUAUUAAAUUAAUAAGAAACAAAAUAAAGACAAAAUAAAUAAAUAUAGAAAAAUGGAAAUAUAGACCAUCCAUCAGUAAUAACUAAGCUAUUAAAUUUUAUUAAAAAGAAAUAGAAUUUUUAUAGUUUCAUUUAAAAAACAGCAUUUCAUUUAGUUCAAAUUAUUAUCAUGAUUUGUACGAUGAUAUGCAAUGAAAAAUGAUAACAAAUUAAGUACUCUGCGUCACUAAAGUAAAAUAUCAAACAUGUAGCUCCACUUAUAUCUACUAAUACUCUAUUUACAACACUAUACAAAAAUAGUUUUCGAGCGAACAUUAUAGAUAAAUAAGUCUCGGCGUUUGGUUCUCUCUGGCUACCCCACAAAAAGUUGACAAUUUUAUAUACCUAUAAGGAUAUUAAAAAAAGAAAACUUUCAUUUCCAUUGUAUUUUUUUUUUGUAUCUAUGUUACACUUUACCUUCUGCUUUUUUACCUUUUAAGUCUUAACAAUUCUUUCGGAAUCGAUCGAAUCUCUGGUGUGAAAUAUAAUUUUAUUAAGAUCGAAGACUUCUUGUUGCCAAUGGAAUAUUUUAAUUUUCUUGGUUUUUUUUUCUUUAAUUUUGUAACUAUUUGUAAAGCUACUGUGCUCAAUUAUAAUAUAUGACUAGCUGUUCGCCACGACUUAGUACGGAUAUACUAAUGAACAAGGUGAGAUUUUAACCUUUUCUUUAUAGUACGAAUAUAUAGAGCUUUUUAAACCCGAAUUUUUCACUUUUCCGUACAAUUUUCCAAACCUUUUCUUUCAUACAAACCUUAUCCGAACAAUAACAAAUAAUAAUUAGCCAAAUAAGUGCAUUCGUACUUAAGUUAUAUUAUUAGCAAUUGAUUUUUCUUUAUAUAUGUAUGUAGAUAAUUUUAUAUACAAGAAGUUAUUCACUUAAAGGCUAAUUGAGUUUUCUCAUUUACUUAGGUAAUAGGAGACGCAGAGUAUUUAUCGUAUAUUUAAAUAACGAUUGAUAAUUUUCUAGUUAAAACAGUUUUAAAAUAUUCGGGAAUAAUAAUGUAUAAUAAAUUUAAUUGAUAUAAAAAGGUAAUUCAAAUUUCAUAAAUAGGUAAUUAUACUUAUUUAUUUACGUACGUGAUAUAAAUUGAGUUUAAGUCACUAUGGAUCUACCUAGGCCCAUUUUUACAUUUUUAAAGAAUUGUUUCGAUGUUUACUUAACUUAUAAAAUUAAAAAAUCUACUUUUAUUGUUAUUUACACCUAAUAAUGUAAUCUAUGAAAUAAUUGACAAUAAUCAGCUCGAAAUUACUAAUAUCUAUUUUUUAGAAUACUACUUUGUAGGAAGAUAUUGUUAUGCAUUUGUGAUCGACUAUAAUACUGAAAUAAUUUGUAUAUUACUUCAGUAUCUAAUUAAAGCUAAUUAAUUAUAAUCUUUUCUCCACGAGUGUAUUAAUGUGGCUUAAUUUUGGGAUUUUACAAAUAGGACUAUUUUAGAAAAAAAAUAGUCAUAGACAAUAAAAUACUUUAUUUAUAGAUUUAUAUAAGUAGAUACUUACAUAUUUGAAAAUUGCAAGCUUCUAAAUGGAAUUUGAAAUUUAAGACAAUAAUAAUGUUUAAAUUUUUGGACUGUUUAUAAUUAUUAUAAUUAAGUGAGGAGUAAUUAGUGUAAUUUUAUUGUGAAUGAAUAACGAAUGACAAUAAUCUCGUCUAUUCAAAUAACUUAGAAUAUUUUGUCUCUAUUAAUCAUUUUAAUGGCAGGGUAUAGGUACCAACUGGCUUUUGCCAGAUUGUUUUUUAUAUAACAAUAGCCAUAUAACAGCUCCAUAUUUUUUUCUCUACAACCAAAACCAAUUGAAUUUAAAUUCAAUAUAAUUGGAUGACGUCAUAUCUGCUACUGUUUUCCGAGUUACCAUAUAAUAACAAUAAUUAUUAUUUUCAUAGUAGUUUCAUAACAUGUUUAAUAGAUUAGAAAUAUAACUAUACACUUCCACUACCCUUUUUAUGAUAACAUUAAAGACUGUGAACGUUCAUAACGUUGAAAGAAUGCGGAUUGUUCAUGAAACUCCUAUGGAAAAUAAUCCCAACAUGAGUAGGGAGCGUCUUUUUCGAUUUGUCAUCAUUCUUCGAUUUAUUAUUUCAACGAAAAACUCAAUAACCGGUGAUUCUGGUAUAAUUUAAAAAAAAAUAUCCAAAUAAUGAUACUUAUAUUCACGUGUACAUAAUGUAAUGCAUAUUGCUUUAAAUAUAACGUGGUAAACUAAUAAAAAUCGAUUACUGUCGAUAAUGGUCGAUGAUGAAUGAUUACAAAGUAAUUUGUAAUUACUUUAUGAAAUUGUCACACAUGACGGCGGAUUGUGAUUUAUUAAAAACGUGAAAGCAGUACCUAUUAUGCAUUGAUUAUUAUAAAAAGUUCAGUCACUAAAAAAGUAACUAUGGACAUAACAAUUUGUAUUAUUAAAAUUUUUGUAUUGAAACAUUAUUUAUAUUUAGGUGUUAAAUAAUGAAGAUUGGUAAUAAUGGGCAUUACUAAAACCUGCUUUAUAUUAUAAUAUUAUAAAUGCUUGCACUCACAUAAUAAAAGAAUAAAAAAAUAAUUAUAUAUUUAAGUCCCAUUACACAACGUUGUAUAACAUUGUGUAACAUCUUUUAUGGAUCUAAAAAAAAUGCCUUUCAAGUUAAUUUGUUUUAACGUUUCUACGUGACAAAGCACACUCUUAAAUUAAAAUGACAAUACAAGAAAGACAAAAUAUAUUAAAAUAUGUUGAUGUUAAACAUUAUUUGACAAUAAAUUUAAAUCUUUUAAAGAUAAAUUAUGUACUAAUAACUUUAUUAAAAUAUAUGCCUAUAACAAAUUAGAAAAAAAUGAUUUCUGAAAGAUUUACCUAAUAAUUAUAUAAAUAGAAAAAGAUAGUAAGUAACUUUAAAUCAUUUUACACUUUGUAGUUGUAGCUGUUGAUGCACAAAUUUAUGUUAUUUAUAAGAAUUUUAUUAGUAGUUAAUUAUUGUAAAAUUAUAGUUAAUUGUAUACAUGUAGUAUACAAAUUUAUACUGACACUGUGCAAUUAUUAAGGAAAAGCAAUUGCUUCGUCCUAUGUUUUAAUACAUAGAUUUACAAAAAAAAAAAAAAGUUAUUAAAGGUUGUCACUAAUUGAAAUAAAUAAAGUAGUUACCAAAGUUUUUGAAUACAGUGAUUUUUUUAUUUUUAUAAAAUAUCAGCUAACCUGAUGAUAUCCUCGUAUAUAUGGACUAUUAUGAGUAAUAAAAAAAUCCAAAUAGGUGCACCGAGGAUUCUUAUGAAUAUAAAAUCUAAAAUAGUUGAACCGAUUUCAAGGGCAUUCUUUAUUUUUUUCACAUACAUGAAAUAAAAAAAAUUCGCAUCUUUUUAACAUUAGAACAUCAAUAUCAUAUUUUUAUAUAAUUUCUGGGAACUUUUCGAUAUAUUGUGUGACAACAAACGUGUGACGAAUUUUUUUUUGUAAAUCUAUAUUUAAUACAAUUCUCUUUCAAACGAACAAUACGAGUCUUUAUUUUAAAAAUUAAAUUUAGUUAAACAUGUUUUAUUUUCAUUCAUCUUCAAAUAAAAAAAGAAACAAUAAAUACCAGUUAUACUUUUAUAGCAAAUCGCUAUAAAAUUUUAUAAAAAAAAAACACUCAAUACCAAUAUUGUCGUGAAUUUUCUGUUAAAUAAUUAAAAUGGCAUUAAACAUAUAUAUUAUAUUAUUACCAAAUUAUAAUAUCUAGUGUUAUUCGUAUUUAAAGCAAUAUCAAACAACUGAAAUCAUAUCUAAUCAAGUAUCAGAACAUGUCAAAUAACUUUAAAAAAUAAAAAUACCUAGUUACAAACAUGUAAGCAAAAUAAGCAUACAUUUUAAAAUCGCGCGUAUAGUUUUACAAUAAACUGUUUAAACUGUUGACUGUGUAUCGUGUGAAAUGAUUUAUACAACUAAGUAUUAUUAUUAUUAUAUAUUUGUGGCCGUCCAUUGUAUUUCCUAAUACUUGUGUAUUAUUUUUCUUUUGUUAAAUAUUAACUUCUACAUUAAAAGUUAUUUCAUUUAUCGCUUGUACUUUAAUUGUCAACAUGUAUAGUAUGACAAUAAUUAUUCAGAUGUAGUUGUGUGCAUUGAAUGUAUUUAAAAUUAUGUAAAAUACUUUUUAAAUAUUAUGAAAUUAAAAAUUUUAUACUUUUGUUUCCUACAAUACUGCUUUUGAAUACGAAACCAAAUGGAAGAGACGGCCUAGUUUUAAUUUACCAUAAUUACUUAUACAUGUUAAAGUUUGUACAUGUAUAUACAUUUUUUAUUGUUUUUUAUAUACUAAUACUUUCGUUUGUGAGAACAGCUAGAAUAAUAGAAUUACUAUUUGAAUGUUAUGAAUUACUUUUUGUAAUGGGUUUAGCACAAAUAGAAAUUGUUUUAUAUUCGUUAAAUAAACACAAUAGACCAAUUAUUAUAUUCAUUCUUGUGUAUCCCUGAUGAAUAAAAAUCAAUACGAGUAUUUAACUAACCAUCACCGAAUUUUUAUUUAUAAUUACUCUAAAUAAAAAUGUAAUUAAACUUACACAAUAUAAUUAUCAUGUUGCACAAAUUUUUCAUCUUUAGUCCUAUUAACUAUAUUGGAUAGAAAUUUAAUGCUUUUUAUAUGUAUCUACAUUGUAUAUACCUAUUAAACUUAAUUUUGUAGUAACAGCAACAAUAUCAUCAGUUUCAACAAUAUAUUGCUGUUAUUUUUAUGUAAUUUAUAAUCUCUUUGACAAUAAAGACCUUUCCUUAUAAUUAUUAUUUUAUUGUCU